UGCAGUGUAGACAACUCGAAGACCGAGAAAACAUCCUGCUAUACCAUCAAAAAUAAUAAAUAAUACAAAAUAAAAAUAGUUUAAAAAAAAUCCUGAAUAAAUAGCGCUUCGCCAAGUAUUCAUUUCCAGCUCGUGUCUUGGAAUGACAGUCCGGCAUGACACCAACCGACGGAGGAUUUUGAUUGACAAAAUUUUUGUUGCGCUAAUGGAAAGAUUGAACUUUUAAACGGAUUGAAUACGGCUGAGGAGAAAGCGGCAAAAUGGGCAAAUGGGAGUUCACAAUGGACCCGGUCCAGGAGUGGGGAGAGGAGGUAGAGGAUGGGGCCGUUUAUGGGAUCACUCUUCACAGAGAACCCAUUCAGCCUGUGCCGGACGCGACCGAGAUUGACUGUGCCAGUGGGUUUAUGCAGUACCGCACGCUCAAAGUCCGCAGGCUUAAAGCGGCCGCUCUGGAACGACUGGUGACAGAACUGGUGAACCCAGAGUGCCCCGACCCAGACUACAUACACAUCUUUCUUUCCACGUACAGAGCCUUUACAUCCACAGAUGCUCUCAUAGAGCUCCUGUUUCAAAGAGACGACAAGGACCCCAGUCUGGACAACAAUGUCAGAAGCACUCUGCCUCGUCUGAUCCGUCUGUGGCUAGACGAGUAUCGCGAAGACCUCCGGGACCCACCGGAUCACCAGGCUCUGCGCCAGCUCUGUGUUAAUCUGCGACGUCGCUUGUGUUUCAGACGUCUGGCUCAACAAGCCGAAGCUCUUUUCAAAACAUUUCAGGCAGAAGAUACGCACACGGGUGGCUGCGUAUCAGCGGAAGCUUCUACUGCCGGUGAAGUUGAGCCCACAAGUGAAGAAACCGAGGAAAGACGGGACACAGAGGAGAUGGGAAAUGUUCUGGAUUUCCCCACACGAGAUAUCGCAGAGCAGCUCACGCUGUUGGACGCUGAGCUUUUUGUUAAAGUAGUUCCAUUUCACUGCCUCGGCUGCAUUUGGUCUCAGAGGGACAAGAAGGAGAACAGAAAUCUAGCGCCAACGGUCCGUGCCACCAUCGCUCAGUUUAACGCCGUCACUAACUGUGUGAUCACCUCACUGUUGUGCCCGCCUGCCACCUCCCCUUCCAGUUCCCCAUCCUGCCCUCACAGCAGCCCAACGCAAAGGGCAAAGAUUAUUGAGAAGUGGAUCACCGUGGCUCAGGAGUGCCAUCAGUUAAAAAACUUUUCUUCUUUAAGAGCCAUCCUAUCUGCACUUCAGUCCAAUGCCAUCUACCGGCUAAAGAAAACCUGGGCAGCGAUCAGCAGGGAGAGCGUGGCUACUUUUGAUAACCUCUGCGAAACCUUUCCUGAUGAGAACUGUGUGCUUACCAACAGAGAAAUCUUUGUAGAGGAAGAAAACCAGGACUCACAGGUGGACACUGCUCCAAAGUCUUCUGGGAUCAGCCCUGCAUCUAAACUUAUGACCUCAUCCAGUGGCGAGGUGCCGUACCUGGGCACUUACCUGACCGUUCUCACCAUGUUGGACACGGCACUAGGUGAUAAUGUUGAGGGUGGUCUCAUUAACUUUGAAAAGCGCAGAAAAGAGUUUGAGAUUCUGUCUCAGAUCAGACAGCUGCAGGCGUCAUGUGUUCAGUACACACUUCAGUCACAUCCUCAAAUCACUGCCUGGAUCAACCGCAGCUUGGCCCUCUCUGACCAAAAGAGCUAUGAGUUGUCAAGAGAGCUUGAGCCCCCAGUAGAUCCAUGUCCCAGCUCUCCAAACGCCUGGGGCCAUCGACUCUUCUCCAAAAAACUGACCUCUUUGCUGUCCAGCAGUGACAAGAAGACUCUGAGUGAUCAGAUCAGUGUAUCUUCAUCUGGCUCCAGUGGCUCAGAGAUGGAAGAUCUCAGCAGCCCUAACAUCUCACUCCUUAGAUACAAAGCACUGUCGCCGUCUGCAUCUUGUCAGGACCUCUCAUAUGACACGCCCACUUCUUCUCUGACCCCACCUUCCUCAUUUAGAAGAUCCUUACGAGCAGAUUUAUAUGUGCUGAACCGUGACAGCCCCUCCCCUACGUCAUCCGCUUCAUCACUGUCAUCAAUAUCGUCUUCAUCAUCAUCGUCGUCGUCGUCAUCUCCUCCUCUCCAACAGCCGUUGUACAACAAGCAGGUUGCUGAUUCUUGUAUCGUCAGGGUCAGCGUGGAAUUUGGCAACAAUGGCAACCUUUAUAAAAGUAUUUUGAUAACAAGCCAAGACAAGACAGCUCAGGUGAUUCAGAGAGCCCUGGAGAAACACAACCUAGAAGACAUGAACUGCAAGGAUUUUAGUCUCACACAAGUGCUUUCCAAUGAUAAAGAGCUGGUGAUACCAGACAAAGCCAAUGUCUUUUAUGCCAUGUGCACCACUGCCAAUUAUGACUUUGUGCUUCGCCAGCGUUACAAAAAUCACCGCAGAGCUACCAGCUUAACCUGGAGCCUAAGGGGACGCAAAUAAGCACCUGUAUUGGUUACAGGUGACAAACAUUAUAGACCACAUUGACUAUCAAACAACAUGGACGACUCGCUUGAGGUGACUGUCCAAAACGGAUAUCCUGUGCACACAUAUUAAGGAGUUUACUACUGGAUGUCAAAACUGAGACUGGUGGGCCAAAAAUAUUCAAAUUAUUGACAAUGAUCUGAUUCACCGAUUAAAAGAGCUGAGGAAAGAAUCUGAGAAUCAUAUUAAGGUACUCUGAAAUGAAGACCAAGGGAAAAUGCAAUAUACGGCCACAUCUACUGACAGUUUAUUCUGAGAUCUCGCUUUGAAAUGGACGGUCACAUAGAUGAUGAAGGUUGACAAACACUUUUGUAAAUAUUACAUACAAAUACAAACCCUUACAGAGAUGUAAUGCUAAUGUUAUGUAGCUAAUAUUUAAUAAUAGGAGGAAUAUAUUGAAAAUACAUUUGGGGUUUUUCUAAGUUGUUAUAAUAAUAUUAAUAUUAUAUUAGGAUUUUAAUAAAGAUUAUUUUAAUCGUUAUAUUUUAAUGGUUUGCCACAUUUCAGUUUUAGAGUAUUUAUUUUAUUUUAUAUGUGCACAUUAAACUUGAAAUUUUGUUUGUUUGUUUGUUUGUCUUGUUCUGUAUAGUGCUGUUUUCUUUCGGCUCUUGCUUUUAAUUUUUAGUUGAUUUUAUGUGCAAUAAUUUGAAACUCAUAAGCUGUUUCUGUACUAAAAUUCACAACUUUACAAAGUGAAUAAUGGAUGAUGUUCUCUUUUUAACAUUGUAUAUGUGUGAAUGUUAUUGUAAAGGUGUCAAAUUAAUGCACUACUCAUCCAUAUUGGAUAUCCUCUGCCAUUCUGAGCACAUGGGAUUCGAAGGGCACUGUGCACUAUAGAUGUAUAUCUCAUUGAGAUGAAUAAGUAUGUGUUUUGUGAAAGUAGAAGUAAGUCAGCUAAUUGAUUGGUCUGAAUAAAAUGCUUUGUUGGUAAGUAGCAGGGCAGGCUUAAUGCCAAAUGGAAAGUUAAUCGGGAUUUGAAAUGCACAGAAAGCCAUGAAUUCUGACUCAUGAACAUAUUCAUACCGAAAUACAUUAAAUAUGUAUGUUUUUUUGUGCUGUGUGUAAUAAUAAACAUAAUUUGACAUUUAA